AUGUCAUCAGACCAGCGUUCGUCAGAGUCCCAGCCCUCAAUGCUCGGCGGCCACGUCAAGGCAAGUACCUACGUCCAAGGCGCCGUCUCCUCCGCCGUGGGAUACGAAUCGGGGGCGCAGACAAAAGCCGAAGCAGUGCAAGAGAUGAAGGACGCCAAAGCCCAAUCCGACUCCUCCCAAGGCCAACCCACCCAGUCAUCGCUGUUGGGCACGGUGGAGAACGCGGCGGGCAAGGUCACGGGUUGUGAAGGCAUGGUUGAUGACGGUAUGAAGAGGUUGCCCGAGAAGAGAGGCGCCGAGGAGCAGAGUGGAACAGGCUGA